AUGGCCCUCCGCAAAACCGCCCCCUACGGCCGCUGGACCAGCGCCAUCUCCGCCGAGGCGGCCACGGCCGGCACAAAGACGGUGACGUCGCCACGGGCGGCGCCAACCAGGCAAGGCCAGGAAUGCGACAGAAAGACCAGAGGCUACUUCCUGGUGUCGCAGGACGACGGCCGGAGCACAAUCUACGAGCACGACGCCGGGGACGAGGACGAGGACAAAGACGUUGUGCGAAAGGUGCUGCCCGAGCCGUGGGGCGUGGGCACGAGCGUCUACGAGUACGGUGGACAGGCCUAUGCCGUGAUGGGCGACGGCGCGAUUGUGUUUGCGGACCCGCGCGACAACGGCGUGUACGUGCUGGACGUGGCGUCGGGCCGCGUGCGGACGCUCGUGGCGGGCACGCCGGCGCUGCGGUACGGCGACUUUGACGCGCCACCGGUCGAGCGCGGCGGCCACGACUGGGUCCUGGCGGUCCAAGAAGACCACACCCACCCGGCGCCGGCCGACGUGCAGAACUACAUUGUGGCGAUCCACCGGACGACGGGCACGGUCGUGCGCGUUGUCGAGGGCGCCGACUUCUACUCCUAUCCGCGGUGGGGUGCGUCGUCCCAGACCGUGUCCGCGACAGGCGCCGCGACGCAGCACACAGGACUGGCCUGGCGCCAGUGGAAUCACCCCGACCUGCCGUUCGACGGCGUCACGCUGCACUGGGCGGCGUGGGAUGCAUCGACAAACACGCUGUCGCAGACCACACAGGUGGCGGGCGCCAACCGCCAGUGCGUGGCUGAGGCUGUGUGGACGCCGGACCGAACAAGCCUCGUGUUCGGCAUGGAGGCCGCGAAGACCGAUGCUUUCCGGCAGCUGUACCGUGUGCGGCUUGGGGGUCCGGGCACUGGGGGCCCGUCAUCGCCCGAGCCCGUCGUUCUCCAAGGGCUAGAGGACUGCGAGUUUGGCGAUGCGUCGUGGCGGACAAUUGCCUUCCUCACCCCUACACGAUUUGUGGCCGUCGCCACCUGCUGCGGCCAGAACCACCUGGUGUAUGCCGACAUCGACACGGGCGCCUGGGCGUCGCUCGACGCCGACGUCGGUUUGGUCGAGCUCAAGUUCGACCCGCUCGCCGCACUGUCGGCGUCCUCGUUCCUGGUUGUCGGCAGCGGAUUCACAACGCCACAGGCGGCGUACCGGGUCGAUCUCGACGUCGACGCGUGCAACAGGGCUCUUGAUGCACGCAGUCAUACUUCUCUGGGCGAGGAACAGCACACGCCCUUGGCAACACGAACGCGCCUCUUCCGCUCCACCGAGCAAAACUUUGAUGCGCGCCUCUUUUCCACGCCCGAGCUGAUCUGCAUUCCGGCACCGGGCGCCGUGGGCGGCGAGCACCAGCAAGCCACAAGCGCGACUGCCACACACAACGUCUACGGCUGGUUCUGGCCGCCGCACAACCGCGCCUUCGAGGCCCCCGACGACACGCUGCCGCCUCUGGUCAUCACGCCGCACGGCGGGCCCACGGGGUACACUGCGCCUGGCCUGCGCAUGAUGGCGCAGUACUGGGCGACGCGCGGCUUUGCCUACUUUGCCAUCAACUACAGCGGCUCGUCGGGCCACGGCCGUGCCUACCGCGACCGCCUCUGGACGCGCUGGGGCCUGCUGGACCGCGACGACGUCGCCGCGGCGGCGCAGUACCUGACGGGCGUCCCCGGCACGGGCGCGUCGUUCGCGCGCGCCGACCCGCGCCGCGUCGGCAUCGAGGGCGGCAGCUCCGGCGGGUACAACGUCCUGCAGAACUUGGUGCACCACCCGACGCUCUUUGCCGGCGGCGUCUGCUGCUGCGGCGUCGCCGACACGGCCGCGCUGGGGCGCGACACGCACAAGCUCGAGAGCCACUACCUCGAGCGGCUGCUGUGGCCGACGGCCGACCCCGAUGCUAUCCCGUCCCCGGCCGAGCAAGCACGCAUCCACCGCGACCGCUCGCCGCUCCUCCACGCCGACCGCAUCCGGGCGCCGCUGCGGCUGAUCCACGGCGAGCGGGACACGGUCGUCCCGCUCGCGCAGAGCCGCGCGAUUCUGGCGCAGAUCCAGACGCGCGGCGGCGACGCCGACCUCAUCGUGCUGCCGGGCGAGGGCCACCUGUUUGCCAAGCUGUCGAGCCUGGUGCUGUACCUCAACGGCGAGGCGGCAUGGUGGGAGAAGACGCUGCUGGCGGCAUAA